UGUUCGGUUCAGAUGUCAGAAGGCUCGAUUCGAGUGGAGAUUUGCGGGGAUCAGCCGCUUUUUUACCGGCAGGCGCUUCCUGCGGGCCACCGAGCUGUGGCGAUAGACCUGCCAGGUUUGGGUCAGACGAAGGCUUUGGAGACCCCGGCUCCGGUCGGUCAGCUGGCUCCAGAUGAGUUCCUCAGGCAGGUGUGUGAAGGACUAGAGACCGGUCCUGUGGUGAUCAUCAGCCCAUCUCUCAGCGGCAUGUACUCGCUGCCGUUCCUCUGCCAGCACCCUGAACAGGUCAAGGCCUACAUCACUAUAGCUCCUAUCUGCACUGAGAAGAUCUCAGCAGAACAGUACAGCGGCAUACAGACCCCAACACUUAUUGUCUAUGGAGAUCAGGACACUCAGCUUGGGGAAGUGUCGCUUAGCAACCUGAGCCAGCUGCCUAAUCACAAAGUGAUGGUAAUGAAGGGGGCGGGACAUCCUUGUUACCUUGAUGAUCCGGCGACCUGGCACAAAGCAAUCCUGGACUUCUUGCAGUCAUUUUCGUGA